GACGAAGGGGGUGGGGUACAGGAGGAGGAGGAGGAAAGGAGGGGGGACACCCACACCCACACUGGCUCCACUCUUUGUCUGGAGCCCGCCGGCUACAACGCACACAAAACCACACGACGACGCCGGAGAAGGAUACGAGCUCCUCCACAUCGAGAAGAGAAGACAGCGAAUGGCUUGAGCGUGUACUCCUGUGUCUUCGUUUUUUUUUUCUUUUGUUUUUGUGGGUGUGCAUUUUUUGGGGGCUAAAGAUAAAAAGAAGAAAGUCCCAUCAACGAAGCAGCAUUGGAAUCUGAAGACCUGAGAUCACAGCUGCUCGACAGGCAAGAUGAGCUGGAGUUUCCUCACGCGUCUCUUAGAUGAGAUCUCCAAUCACUCCACAUUCGUGGGCAAGAUCUGGUUGACGCUGCUGAUCGUUUUCCGCAUCGUGCUGACGGCGGUUGGCGGCGAAUCCAUCUACUAUGAUGAGCAGAGCAAGUUUGUCUGCAACACUCAGCAGCCUGGGUGCGAGAACGUCUGCUACGACGCCUUUGCGCCGCUCUCUCACAUCCGCUUCUGGGUCUUCCAGGUGAUCAUGAUCACCACCCCCACCGUCAUGUACCUGGGCUUCGCCAUGCACAAGAUUGCUCGCAUGGAGGACGUGGAUUACAGGCCACGGGCCCGCAAGCGCAUGCCCAUCGUGAGCCGCGGCGCCAAUCGUGACUAUGAGGAGGCUGAGGACAACGGCGAGGAGGACCCAAUGAUCCUGGAAGAGAUAGAGCCGGAGAAGGACAAAGAAGUGGAGGAGAAGCCGAGUAAAAAACAUGACGGACGGCGCCGUAUCAAGAGGGACGGCCUCAUGAAGGUGUAUGUCUUCCAGCUAAUGUCGCGAGCUGUCUUUGAGGCAUCCUUCCUGUUCGGGCAGUACGUACUGUACGGCCUGGAGGUUUCCCCGUCCUACGUUUGCACCCGUUCUCCUUGUCCGCACACAGUGGACUGUUAUGUCUCACGUCCCACUGAGAAAACCAUCUUCCUCCUCAUAAUGUACGCAGUCAGCGCUUUGUGCCUGCUCUUCACUGUCCUUGAAAUCCUUCACCUCGGCAUCAGCGGCAUCCGCGAUUGCUUCUGCGGACCUCGGACCGUCCCCCCGACUCCUCGACACUCUGCGCUGGCUAGCCAGAGAUCCUCCAUCUCCCGACAGCCUUCGGCGCCUCCGGGCUACCACACCGCGCUCAAGAAGGACCCCUCGGGGAAACUUCCAUUCCGAGAUAACCUGGCCGACUCGGGCCGCGAGUCAUUUGGUGACGAGGCUUCCUCGAGGGACCUGGAGAGGCUGCGAAGGCACCUGAAGCUGGCCCAGCAGCAUCUGGACAUGGCCUACCCCAACGAGGAGCUUAGCCCGUCUCGCAGCAGCAGCCCCGAGUCCAAUGGAACCGCGGCCGAGCAGAACAGACUCAACUUUGCCCAGGAGAAGCAGACCAGCACCUCUGACAGAGGUAUGCGCGCAUAGGCCCGGCUAACACUGUAAACUGGAGCAGCGGAUGUCAGAUGUCUCCAGAUCGGCGACUGGACACAAGGGAAACCAACCUGAAUUAGAAUUAGAAUGUGUAUGUGUGUGUGUUUCUGUAUGAAUGGAACGUGGUGACUUUCUCCGGCUUGAGGUGUAUGAAGCCAGCCCCAGGCCUCUCAGUGUUACGGUCGGUACAAGGUCCAAAAAGGAGAACAGUGGUCUUGACUUGAUGUUGCUUGAGACAAAAAAAAAAGAUCCAAAGUGCUUGUUUUUGAUAAACGGUUACCAUGUACAUCUCCCUCAGGGCAGCUACUUUUUAAAAUAUUUUUUUAUAUAUAUAUCUCUUUAUUACGAGGCUUAGAGUUAGUCACAAUUUAAGAGUUGGAGCUGUGGGAAUUUCAGUCAAAUGCAUCUCAGCCUUAGAACUGGAAUUCCACUGUUUUUGUGGGAGGGUGGGGCAAAACAGGAAUAGUGUGAAGUUGUGAACGGUAACAAAAGCUUAAUGGACGAGGCACCUCAUUUAAAAAAAAAAAAAAGGUACUGGAUGAAUGGUCGCACCAUACAAAGGCUCUCAAGUGUGUUUUUAUACUUUAAUUUUUUUUUCCCCUCUUGGCAAUGUUGCACCAGCUAUGCGAACACUCUGGAGGUGCCUCUGUCCAAAGACGAACAAAAACCUGGGUAAUGCUUGAAAAACUCGGUACUCUUAAUAUUGUACUUUUAUUUUGAUCUGUAGUCUUGUCACAAAAAAAAAACAAAACAUAUUUUUCACUGCUGUCCUAGCCCCCCUAGAUGCCUGAUUGAAUCUCUGUGUUGGGUCACAUUUUGACAAUAUUUUUGGUACAAUUUCCUUUUUCCCCCCAUCUCGCUUCAAAAGUCGGUACACAGCACACAUUCAUUUUUUUAAAAAAAGGGAUAAUUGUCAUUGUUGCUGAAUGACUGGUUAUAAACCUCGCAAUCAUAUCAAUGUGAAUUGAUGCCUUUUAUGUUUUUCUAUGUGAAGUACACCGACCGACUCAGUGCCAUUUUGUGCCAACUCAGUCAUCUCAAUGUAUUUUUUUUUAAACAAUGCCUUUUGUACCUUUUUAUACCUUUUUGUAAUAGUUUUUGUGGUUGGUUUUGAAAAUAAAAUAUUGACCAAAAAAACAUC